AUCGCUGUACGCCAGUUGGCAUCGUUCGCUAUUCAAUAUGGUUUUCAUCUUCGGAAAGCCCUUUGCGGACCCAGACCUCCUCAGACACUCUUUACAGACCUUCUUUGGCAUUGGUCCUCAAGUCUGCAAACGCCUCAUGGCGCGCCACUACCUCCACCCCACGAUCCGAGUCGGCGAGCUGCCCAAUCCCAAGAUCCUCCAACUCAACGCCGACUUGGCAGAGAUGAAACUCGAGAACGAUCUAAAGCGACAGAUACGGGACGACAUAGGGCGGCUGAGAGAUAUGGGCACAUACAGAGGGAGGAGACAUGCUAUGGGAUUGCCGGUGCGAGGACAGAGGACGAGGACCCAGAUCAAUACAGCACGGAGGUUGAAUCAUGUACCCAGAUAUACGUUGUAGGGGUUGAUUUGCUGUAAAAUACACUGUAUAAAGUACAUGGGAAUGGAGUCAGUUGGAUCAUAUAUGAGAAUGAAGCAUACACCAUAUCAUGCGAUUCUUCUCUGGUUGAAGGGCGAUGCGCCAUUGAUAGUGCUAUGGUGCAGAGAUGUCCCUUCAACUUUGCCGAGCGACUCUACCGACUAAGAAGCCACAAUUGUGAGGCAAGGUGUGCUCUCGAGGUCUCCAUGUCUCCUUUUCCCUGAGCUAUUCAGUAGGACCGCCGUCUAACAUUUCAAUUUUCCAUUUUCUUUUUCUGAAAUUUCCUUCGACACUUUCUGUGUUUGGACUCCUAUCGAAUGGGCGUGUAUAUGCUUAUUAGAGUCUCCAUUCCAUUCAAAUACGCCCAAUGUCACAAUCUUAAGAGGCCAUCCAC